CCUUGGCAUCGCCGUUACGGUGGCCGGGCUGGGCCCUCGGCACAUGCGCCUUGUGGGCCGCUCUCCCCCCUGCUGCUGCCCCGCGUCCCCUCCGGUCUGACCAUGGGCGGCAGGAUCGAGUGCGUCUUCUUCAGCGAGUUCCACCCCACGCUGGGCCCCAAGAUCACCUACCAGGUGCCCGAGGACUUCAUCUCCCGGGAGCUCUUCGACACCAUCCAGGUGUACGUCAUCACCAAGCCCGAGCUGCAGAACAAGCUGAUCACCGUAACAGCCAUGGAGAAGAAGCUCAUCGGCUGCCCUGUCUGCAUCGAGCACAAGAAGUACAGCCGAAACGCUCUGCUCUUCAACCUGGGCUUCGUGUGUGAUGCCAGAGCCAAGGCCUGUGCGCUGGAGCCCAUAGUGAAGAAGCUGGCUGGCUACCUCACCACCCUCGAGCUGGAAAGUGGCUUCAUCUCCAACGAGGAGAGUAAACAGAAGCUGGUUCCCAUCAUGACCAUCCUGCUGGAGGAUCUGAACGCCAAAGGGAAGUGCACCCUGCCCAUAGAUGAGUCGAACACCAUCCACCUGAAGGUGAUCGAGCAGCGCCCGGACCCCCCCAUCGUGCAGGAGUACGAUGUCCCUGUCUUCACCCAAGACAAGGAUGACUUCAACUCCCAGUGGGAUCUCACCACGCAGCAGAUCCUGCCCUACAUCGACGGCUUUCGGCACGUCCAGAAGAUUUCCGCAGAAGCCGACGUGGAGCUGAACUUGGUGCGCAUUGCCGUGCAGAACCUGCUGUACUACGGGGUCGUCACGCUCGUCUCCAUACUCCAGUACUCCAACGUCUACUGCACCACACCAAAGGUCCAGGACUUGGUGGAUGACAAGUGUCUCCAGGAAGAGUGUCUCUCCUACGUCACCAAACAAGGGCACAAGCGAGCCAGCCUCAGGGAUGUCUUCCAGCUCUACUGCGGGCUGAGCCCUGGCACCACGGUGCGAGACCUCAUCUCCCGCUACACCCUGCAGCUCCAGAGAGUGGACGAGAGGAGGCUCAUCCAGUUUGGCUUGAUGAAGGGCCUUAUCCGACGGCUCCAGAAAUACCCUGUCAAGGUUGCCCGGGACGAGCGGAGCCACCCAGCCCGGCUGUACACGGGCUGCCACAGCUACGAUGAGAUCUGCUGCAAGACCGGCAUGAGUUACAAGGAGCUGGAUGAGCGCCUGGAGAACGACCCCAACAUCAUCGUGUGCUGGAAGUGACGGCGGAGAUGGCAGCCGGGGUCCGCACCUGUGUCCCCCCUCCUUGUCCCCCCACGUCCCACCGUGUGUCGCGGAGAGCCCCGCCAGUCGCCGUCGCUCCUCCACGCCGCCAGGGGGCGCUAGAGGACACCCCCACCCGCC